AUGCAAUGUGACCGCUGUCCUCUGGAGUUCUGGUCCAACAGCCAUCGGACCGCCUGCGUCCCUCGUCAGCUCGAGUUCCUCURUUUCAACGACGUCAUGGGCGUCACCCUGACCACUGUUGCCGUGUACCACCGCAACACCUCUCUGGUGAUCAUCUGUGCCGUGUGGCUGUCCGUGAGCUCUCCUCUGCCUUACUGUGACCUAGGCCUCAAGGGGUCAAAGGUCAUCCUGGAGUGUGAGGUUGGCCCUYUGGUCGGUUUCUCUCUGGUGCUGGGCUACAUCGGCCUGCUGGCCUCCCUCUGUCUCRUCUUAGCCUUCCUGGCCAGGAAACUCCCAGACAWCUUCAACGAGGCCAAGUUCAUCACCUUCUACAUGCUGAUCUUCUGUGCRGUGUGGAUUUCAUUCGUCCCCGCCUACAUCAGCUCUCCUGGGAGGUACGCAGACGCUGUGGAGAUUUUCGCCAUCUUAGCUUCCAGCUUUGGGUUACUGCUCUGCAUCUUCGCGCCAAAGUGUUACAACAUCCUCCUGAGACCAGAGAGAAACACCAAGAAACACAUGAUGUCCAUUUAG